CCUAAUUCAUAACUAUUAAUUAGAGAUUUUGCUAUUAUUCUCUAUCCCUCUCUCUCGUCAUUUCCAUGAAUACACACAUAUGAAACUCAGCUACUUCCCCAAAUGGACAUAUCCCUCUUUUCUUCCAAAGGAACGCCCUUCAAUUUCAAUCAACAAAUAAGCGAUGAUCCGAUCAUAGACAUGCAUAGUGCUAACAACAGCCAUCCUUCUCCAGCAACUCAUUCAUCGGAUUCUGCCGAGCUGUCUGCGGCCGGGAAAUGGGCAGCAAACCUUCUUCGGGAGUGUGCGAGGGCGAUCUCCGACAAGGACUCGGGUAAGAUCCAUCACCUACUAUGGAUGUUGAAUGAAUUGGCUUCUCCCUAUGGAGAUUGCGACCAGAAACUGGCUUCCUACUUCUUGCAAGCGCUCUUCUGCAAGGCGACCGACACGGGUAGACGUUGUUACAAAACCUUAAUCUCGGUGGCGGAGAAGAGCCACUCCUUCGAUGCCGCGAGGAAGUUAAUACUCAAGUUUCAAGAGGUGAGCCCAUGGACAACCUUUGGUCAUGUCGCUUCAAAUGGUGCAAUUUUGGAAGCCCUAGAAGGGGAGAGCAAGCUUCACAUAAUUGAUAUAAGCAAUACCCUAUGCACUCAAUGGCCUACCUUGCUCGAAGCCUUAGCCACAAGAAACGAUGAGACCCCACGCUUGAAGCUCACCAUCAUCGUAACCGCAAGCGUUGUGAGGUUGGUAAUGAAGGAAAUUGGACAGAGGAUGGAGAAGUUUGCCAGGCUUAUGGGAGUACCCUUUGAAAUUAACGUGAUCAGCGAACCGACCAACCUAGCUGAGCUCACAAAGGAGGAACUAGGGAUUCAGGAGGAUGAAGCUGUUGCGGUGAAUUGCAUUGGGGCACUGAGAAGAGUCGAGGUGGAGGAUAGAACAGCUGUAAUACGAAUGUUCCAGUCUCUCCGGCCCAAGGUUGUGACCGUUGUGGAAGAAGAAGCUGAUUUCUCAAGCCCGAGAGAAGAUUUCGUCAAGUGCUUCGAGGAGUGCCUUCGGUUCUACACAUUGUAUUUCGAGAUGCUAGAAGAGAGCUUCAUCCCGACGAGUAAUGAAAGGUUGAUGUUGGAGAGGGACUGCUCGAGGAGCAUAGUUAGGGUUUUGGCCUGUGACACCUGCAGUGAUGACGGUGAUGGAAAUAUCACCGGCGGCGAGUGCGAGAGAAGAGAAAGAGGGAUUCAAUGGUCGAACAAGCUCAAGCAAGCAUUCUUCCCAGUCAGGUUUAGUGACGACGUCAUCGAUGAUGUCAAGGCUCUGCUCAAGAGGUACCAAGCCGGGUGGUCCCUAGUGCCACCGCAAGGUCAGGUGGAUCAGGAACUGGGAAUUUACUUGGCUUGGAAGGACGAACCAGUGGUGUGGGCUUCGGCUUGGAAACCCUAGCUAGAAGGUUGAAUCUAUAGCAUAGUAUAUGUUAUUUCUAAAGGAAUUUAUUUCACUCAACUCGAGCUAGCUUUCUAUGAUCAUGAUGGAAAUCUCUUCUCUUCAGUUCUUCUCUAAGUGUAAAACUUUUUCAUGAUUUGUGUGGGAGUUUGUGUUGCUUUAAAUUCAUGCCCCUUGUGCUAUCAACUGUUAUUGGUAUUUAGAUUGUUGUAAUUGUUUGAAAGUGGUUGAACUUGUGCUUCAAUAAUUAAUAUAUAAUUUUGUAUGGA